AUGGCAAUUGACGGAGUCGCCUUAAUCACUGGUGCGGGGAGCGGCAUAGGGCGAGACUGUUCCCUCGCAUUCGCCAUCGAGGGAGCUCGGGGUAUCAUCUUUGCAGAUAUAGAUCUGACAGCGGCACUGGAGGCCCUAGAGGAAAGUAAGGCCCAGGCCACCAACGCGGCUUAUCGUGGUAUUGCGGUGCGGGUCGAUAUCUCCGAUGAAGAAAGCGUCCAGCACAUGGUAGAUACCGCACGGGAUGAGUUUGGCGGCAUCGACUACAGUAUCAACAGCGCCGGAGUCGGAGUUCAGCAAGUUCGACCCGUCUCAGAGACCUGCAUGGCAGAGUUUGAUAGGUUGAUGUCCAUCAAUGUCAGAGGCACCAUGUUAUGCGUGCGCGCGGUCAGCGAGGCUAUGAAGGUACAGCCACUCCGCGUUGUGGAGGGACGGACCGGGCCUCGCGGCUUGGGCCGGGGGGCCAUUGUCAAUAUCGCGUCGGCUAACGCUGUUGUCGCCUUUCCUGGAAUCGUACAAUACACAGCUGCAAAACAUGCUGUACUUGGUAUUACGAAAACUGCCGCUCUCGACAACGCCCCUCACGGCAUUCGGGUGAAUGCGGUAUGUCCGUCGUGGGUAGAAACGCCCAUGAUCGACAAAGCAUUCGCCGGAAGCCCGGAAGUGCUUUCGGCUUUAUCCAGCAGCAUUCCUGCUGGGCGCCUAGCCCGUACGGAGGAGAUCUCUGAUGUGAUCCUGUUCCUCAGUGGCCCGAAAGCCAGCUAUGUGACCGGGGUCGGGUGGCUUGUCGAUGGCGGAACAACUCUAGAGAUGAAACACGGAUAG